AUGGCAGAGCCCAGCGCCGACGAACUGCGCGACAUCGGCUCGCUCGCUCACUGGGCCGUCUCAUCUGCGAAGCCAGGGUACGGCGUCGAGCACGUCCGGGACGCGGAUCCGGCGACGCUGUGGCAGAGCGAAGGUGCCCAACCUCACUUGAUCAACAUCCAGUUUCCCAAGAAGCAGUCCAUCACGCAAGUCUGGAUCUUUGCCGACAUCAACCAAGACGACUCGUACACUCCUCACAAGAUCUCGAUUCGCGCGGGAACGCACCACGGUGAUUUGCACGAGGUGCGGUGGGUCGAGUUGGCGAAUCCGAGAGGGUGGCAGGCCUUCAAGCUCGGCGGGACCUCGAAGACGGGCGAUACGGGGCCUGCGGAGGGAGAAGAACCAAUCCGAGCACACCUCGUCCAGAUCGCCAUCCUCUCGAACCACAUGAACGGAAAGGACACGCACGUCCGUGGCGUGCGCAUCUUUGCUCCUCGAGUACUCGAGCUCGACGACGACCUCGUCCCGUUCCGCACUGUCGCCUUCACCCAGCACGAGACGAUCCGCUGA